CCCGCACGGCCAGGUGGAGUCGACUCCCCUCUCCGUGCAAAUCAACGUUCUUUCCCUAUCUGAUCUCUUCUUCCACCCCCGAUUCUCCGAUCUCAUCCUUUCCCAACCUCUUCGAAUCGGAGAUGAACCCACUAUCGAGCAUCGCGCGCGUGCCUCAGAGCAUGAUAAAGGCCGAAUCUUUAGCCUCUGCGAACUUCUUUCUUGUGCGGUCGUCGUCGUUUGGCUUGUCGGUUCCCAUUCCCUUCGCUAUAAGACUCGGUUUUUAUCCUCUGCUUUGAGUGGCAAAUCGAGGGAAAUCUGUAAAUUCUGUAAUAUAGUAGGAUUUGCGUUUCUUUCAUUUUUCCUUUUCUUCUUCUCCUGCCAAUUAUAACUACCUACCGAGCUGUCUGCCAAAUGGCGUCGCCCAAUGAAUCCCGUGCUUGCAGACUGAAGCGCAAGCUAACUGAAUGUUGUCCCUCAAAAGCUUAUAAAACUGCUCGUAUUGAGGUAGGAUGUGGGCCCUCAUUCUGUUCGCGGGCCCACAGUUGCCACUGCCGCUUUGUUCAGCCUAGACAUGUCGACAACUGCUGUAACUUUUUAAACAGUGGGCUGCCACGCCGCAUUAUGUUCUACAAUCGUUGUGAGUGGUCAGAUUUUCCUGAGCCAGUGAUGCAGACUCUCGUUGAAGGAUUUAGAAAGGAUAAAUCAGGCAAUGUGGUCAAACUGGAUGGUCAGGAGCUUGUUAUUGAUUUCUUGUCGAUGACUUUGAUAAAUCUGAGAACCAAGAAACUGCGUUCAGUUGCAUGGAUCGACGAGAAUAACAAGUGCUUCUUUCCCUCUUUCUUUGUUGACGAGGAAGCUGAGGGGUCGACCAAAUUGGAACGUGUAGUUGGUUCUCCGCCUGAAGUUGUAAAGCAAGUUGUUAUGGAAACUGGGGUUUCGGUUUCUAAACGAGUUUCUACAGCAGAAAUUUUACGCACAAAAAUUACGCUUGUGGAGAAGGACAGUGAGAGCUUUCUCUUUGUGCAGAAGCUUUUCCUCUCUGGAAUGGGACAGUUUGCAAUGUCGAAUAACAUACUAAAUAUUCAUCGUUAUUCUCCAAGCGAUAAUGUUGGGCAAAAUAGACUUGCGGCUUUUGAGAGACAGGUUAGGUUAAAGAUUGGGGAGAGAGGGGAUGCUAACGUACGGUAUGGAUGGCUUGGUUCAACAAAGCAAGAUAUUGCUGAAAUUUUAAUUCACGGUUUUGGCCUGGGUGCGAAGCCCAUGGGUGAGGGCGUCUAUCUCACGCCUGAAAAUCGAGCCUUUGCCAGUGUGAAUCUUUGUGAUGUUGACGAAAAAGGAACACAUUACAUGCUGUUAUGCCGAGUGAUUCUGGGCAACAUGGAACAAGUGUCUCCCGGCUCACAGCAGAAAUAUCCUAGUAGUAACGAAUAUGAUUCUGGUGUGGAUGAUUGCUUAAACCCAAAGCGCUAUGUGGUGUGGUCAUCCUACUUAAACACACAUAUUCAUCCAGAAUAUGUCGUGAGUUUUAAGCUAUCACCAACCAUUCAAGAAUAUUUGCUUGGCUUGAAGGAUGUGCCAUUUCAUGUGCCACCAACAAAAAUCAGACAAGAAACUCGUCCUGUAAAGUGUGAAUCACCAAAAGGACCUUCCUCACCAUGGAUGCCAUUCACAGUACUCUUUGCAGAAAUUGAAAAUAGUAUCUCACCUAUAGCAAGAGAACUACUGUUUCACCAUUAUGAAGAGUUUAAGAGGAAAAUAAUUACUCGGGAGCAGUUAGUCAAAAACAUAAGAGUACUUGUGGGAGACAAACUACUAAUAUCUACAUUGACAAGACUUCAGCGUAGUCCAUCAUUGUGGCGCGACGAUGCAGAAGUUAAACUUCAUUCCACACCAAUUUUAAGUCCUGAUUUCUCUACAAGUGUGGAAAUGGAAGCUAAUGGUACAUCAGCACCAAUUACGAAAUUUGGCGAGUCUGAUGUUGUUCGGAGUAUGGUGCCUGGUCAAUCUCAAUCACUUAAUGUGGCUCCAAGUAACCGUGUCAUACGUAAUCUGCACUCACAUGAUUCUAAGGAAAUGAAUGUGGUGCCUAAUGACCCUAUUGAUGGAUCGGAAUCUAAUGGCUCUACUGCUCGGGUUUUUGAGAGCAAUGAUUCUUCAUCAAUCUCAAGUGCUCAACAUGAGGAAAUCAAAUCAGAAGUUGAUUAGGUUUUGCGAGCUCUGGUUGACACAAGGAAUCGAGUUGCUUGGUGCUUCAUCUUCUCUUCAAACAUAUGCAGUGUACAGUUUAAGUUCUAAACGUCAUAUUAUCCAGAGAAGACAUGACUUAGUAUCCUUGUCGACUUUGAAUGGUUUAUCUUAUGAAUUGUCUUAAGCGGAACUUUUGUGUACAUCGUGCUAACGGUCUUGAUGUGUCUUUCGCUCUUUGGAGAAAAUCUUUUUAUCUAUGCUAGUCUUUGAGCUUUUACGUUAUGAUAUCAUAUAUCAUGUAUGGGAUUCUGCAGCUGCCUGUCGUGCCUGUUACCAAACUUGAUUUCUGUU